UGCAAGCGUCCGCACUUACCCAGCAGCCCGCUUCUGCCUCGCAUCCGCGAAUUAACGUACAGUCCGCAUUGCAGAAUGGGCGCCUUCGUCAGCGUGUUCAGAGCCAGAGAGCCGCCAUCCACGGAGGAUGACACGCAGAGCCGAAGUCUGCCAGCGAAGCCAGUGUUGCGCCACAGGAGCUCCUCUACCGGAUCCACCGAACGGCAGACCCGCAGUAGCAGGGCCGUCUUCGUGCUCGGCCCUUCGUCGAGCGGAAAGACGACGCUCUGCGAUGCGCUCGUCCGCUAUCUCGACCUCGACCGCGCGCGUUACGUGACGGAGGUCGCCCGGGCUGUCAUGCGUGAGCAAGGGUUCUCCCGGAAAGACGUGGACACGUACGAGAUGCAGUAUGCCAUCAUGACGGCCCAGCUGAAGGCCGAGGAGAAGGUCCUCGCACACAGUACUGGUACUCCGGAUGAUGAUGGAGGCGUUAUCUUGCUGAGCGACCGAUCAGCCAUCGAUCCUAUCGUGUACGCUUCCACGAGCAAAAACCCAGGAGCGGAAGACAUGCGACGGAGGCUGAUGCGGGACAGAGAGUUUCAGGACAUCCUCCCUUUAUAUCGCAAAUCGUUGUUUAUCGUCCUUCAACCGGUGAAGGAAUGGAUCAAGGACGACGGUCACCUAUUCGCGACACUAGAGGAGCUCAAUAUACCAUACGUGACUAUAGGCACAGACCUAAAGGACCUUGACAGUCGCGUAGCAUUCGUGGCCACGUUUGUGGCGUGAAACAUAGGCUAUUUUGCGCGGUCGGUUGCGUAGAGAUCCAUGAGUCCAGGUCUCAUUCCCCUUUUGAUGGGCUUGAAAGCCAGUAUAGACCAGUUGACGCUCAAUGACUGAAACUUACACGGAUGUAGAACACAUUCCACGCGCAUUCGCGUCCCGGCAAGACCAGUGCAACGCAGUCGGUUCCGACUCCCAGCCUGAGGCCUGAGCAGCGAGCGACGAUUUACAACUCAUCGCUUGAGCGACUGAAAAUCCCUUUAGGGUCAGCGAAUACAUACUCAGAGUCGUGAUGGAACC